UGCUUCUAUUAUUGUUAUGUUAAAAAGAUUUAAGCUUAUCCGACGUGGUCUUCAAGCUUUGGUUAUUAGUGAAAAAUGGUCACUUUAUCGAGAAGAUGACAUGACGAAGGCAAGUUUUGUAAAAUUGAAAGUGUUUGAUGAUCUUUGGUGGGACUCUAAAAGUUAUGUUCUUUCCUUUACUUCUCCCAUUUAUGACAUGCUUAGAUUUUCUGAUACGGAUAAACCUUGCCUUCACUUAGUUUACGACAUGCGGGAUACAAUGAUUGAGAAAGUGAAAGGAAUAAUUUAUAGGCAUGAGAAAAAAGUUCAAGAAGAGGAAUCAUCAUUCUACAAUGUUGUUCAUCAGAUACUUGUAGGUCGUUGGAACAAAAAUAACACUCCACUUCAUUGCUUGUCUCAUUCUCUAAAUCCAAGGUACUAUAGCGAGGAAUGGCUUAAUAAGGAUCCCACAUUUGCUCCACAUAGAGAUGUAGAGAUUUCAAGAGAAAGAAUAAAAUGCUUUAAGAGGUACUUGUCAAAUGAAGAGCGUAUUAUGGUGAAUAAGGAGUAUGCCAAAUUCUCAAAUAUGGAAGAUGACUUUGGUGAUUUUGAAUCCAUCCAUGAUUGUUACUGCUUAGACCCAAAGACUUGGUGGGUUAUUUAUGGUGCUUGCACACCUAUGCUUCAAAGUUAUGCUUUGAAAUUAUUGGGGCAACCAUCUUCUUCAUUGUGUUGUGAGUGAAAUUGGAGUACUUAUUCCUUUUUGCACUCUCUUAAACGAAAUAAGCUAACUCCAAAACAUGCGGAAGAUUUGGUUUUCGUCUAUAGCAAUCUUCGUCUCUUGUCAAGGAGGAGUGCGCAAUACUCACAAGGAGAGACUAAAAUGUGGGAUAUUGGUGGAGAUGCAUUUGAUACAUUUGAAGAUAUUGGUGUGCUUGAAGUCGCUAAUUUAUCUCUAGACGAACAGGAAUUGGAGGUGAUGGUAUUUGCUGAUGGAGAUGAAGAUGUUGAAGAGAUUCAAGAUGAAUGAUGUAAUUAAUUUCAUUUUUACUUUUUGAACUUAUGUCAUUAAGAAACAUUGAUGAAUUUAAUGUCA